UUUUCGUGAUGUAGAUAUGCCUUUGAUUGUUAAUUUUUUUCAAUAAAAGGAAAAUUCUUCCCUGAACAAAUCAGUUGAUUUUGAACUAACAUCGGUUCAAGAUGUUGAGUAGUAUUGUUUUUCUGGUCACAUUUGAACUCAUUAUUGGCGUUCUCCAGGCUGGGAAGGUGCAACAAAGAAUCAGAUAUGGAUCAGAUGCUGAAGAUUUUUCUGUUCUACUUUUGAAAAAAGAAAUUCAAGUUGGAUUUUUUACUAUGGAGGGCACAUGCACGGCGACUCUCAUAACACCACAGAUCAUUCUGACUGCAGCUCACUGUUUCGACGAAGGAGCAACGCGAAACUAUGUAACGUAUGGAUGUUCCGAUUUGAAAAGCAAGAGUUGUAAAAAUAUGGAUGUUGUGGCUCAAACUAUUCAUCCGAAAUAUGUCAAUACAGGAAAAAUUAGGUACGACAUGACAAAAAUGUAUUACGAUAUUGCUGUGGCAAAAUUGGCAAGCCCCCUACCAGGUAUAACACCGAAGAAUCUACCAGGACCCGACCAGACUCCGUGUGGCUACGCUACUCUUAUGGGAUGGGGUAAAACACAAUCAGGAAAGGCCACAGAAGUACUGCAAUCAACAACUUUACAGAUUGUUGAUAGACCUUCCUUUGCUAUAGCAGAGGAGGCAAUUUUAGUGGACGAAAAUAACGGACCUUCCGGAAUUGAAGGUGGUGAUUCUGGCGGACCUUUGUUGAUUGGCGAUACUGUUUUUGGAGUAGCUUCAUCAUCUGGAGGUAGAGUAUGGUUUGGAAACAGAUACGCAUCUUAUAUGAGUGUACAAUAUUAUUCGGACUUCAUACAAAAUGCCAUGAGGAAAUAUGGUGGAAGAUAAGAAGAUAACCCGAACAUGAUUAUGUAAUGGUCCUUUUCUUCGUUGAAUAAAUGAUCAGAAUAACCAAUACCUAUAUACUUGUUAAAGAAUAAACAAUGAUUAAUUGCA